AUGAGUAACAUAUUUUUAUGUUUGAUGUUAUUUGUUACCUGGCAUUUUCAAAUUGAAUGCAUUCAACCGUAUUUUCCUCCACAAAUAACAUUUACAACAGAAGACGCUGUUGGCCGUUAUAUUUUCGCAGUCGACGAAAUCAAUCAACGAGCUUACCAAUGGCAUCUCAUCGAUUCAGAUGACCAGCUAUAUUCUUAUGCAAUGCAACAUUUUCCAUACGCAAUACCUGAUUCUCCGGAAUCGAAAAAUUACGUUCAACUCAACGUAUACGAUCCAGUCUAUUGCGUUUAUACAGCCAUUUGGAAGCAUGGCAGUGGCAUGCAUGAUUCAUUUCCGGAACAUUGGUAUUAUAAUUCAAGUUCCUUUAAAAUUGGAAACGUGAUGGAAUUUAGUUCAAAAAUGAUACAUGCAACAAAUAUUUCUAUCGAUGAAGAUUAUUGGUAUUCGGAAGAAAAUUGUUCUCUUCAACAAACAGGAGAGAUAUAUCCAUGUGAAGAAAUAUUCUUUAAGAAAAAUACAGAUAUACCUGUUAGACACACUUAUUUUGAAGGCACUGGAUGGUAUGCUUUACGAGUGAUAGUAAAUUAUAAGAUAAUAUCUGUGGGAAAACCAAGUGAUAAGUUAUUUGCGAAAAUUCCAGAGAAUUGGAUGAAUAAUUGUACAGAUCUUAAUCUUGGCCUCGAUUUUAUACUUCCGAGCCCAAUAAUCGAAGUCAAUGAAAGUGCAACAGUUAAAAUUCGCUUGACUUCGCCACCACAUCGAUUAGAUGGAAACGAUACAAUGACCCUUCGAUGGCGAGUAGAUGAAACAAGUUCUGAAUGUCAAAAUUGCUUAAGAUGGGAACCUAAACAGUUUAAUUUUAAUAUUAAAAAUUUUGAUCGCUAUCAAACAAUGAUCGUUAGUCGAGUUAAAGAUGGAUCUGAAACAACGAUUAGUCCCAUUAUGAAGGGUGGUGGAUAUGAUAAAACUCGAUCUGAUGUUUAUCGUCUUCUUUUUAGAUAG